UUAAAAUAAAACUUGGAUAAUCGGUUGGCAAAGUCAAGGACGAUCCUUCUUCUUCCUCGACUCGCUGCCAUCAACCUCCAAAACUUGGAUACGAUCUCUCAGCUCUAUAAUCUCAUCAAAUUCUCUAUAUAGAGAUAAGCUAUGGGAUGUGCUGCUUCUCUUCCAGGCAAGAACUCUGGAGCUUUAAACGGUCUUACCAGCUCAGAGAAUGCAGCUCCAGCAGAUGCUAAGAAUCUACGCGUGAAGUUAGUUCUAUUAGGAGAUUCUGGUGUGGGUAAAAGUUGUAUUGUCCUCCAGUUUGUCCGUGGUCAAUUUGACGCAACAUCUAAGGUAACUGUUGGAGCUUCAUUCUUGUCCCAAACAAUAACCUUGCAAGACUCUACCACAGUGAAGUUUGAAAUAUGGGAUACAGCAGGGCAAGAGAGGUAUUCUGCGCUUGCUCCACUAUACUACCGUGGAGCUGGAGUUGCUGUUAUUGUGUAUGAUAUUACAAGCCCUGAGUCGUUCAAGAAAGCUCAGUAUUGGGUUAAGGAACUGCAGAAGCAUGGAAGCCCAGACAUUGUGAUGGCUUUGGUUGGUAACAAAGCUGAUCUGCAUGAAAAAAGAGAAGUACUCUCCGAGGAUGGUAUGGAGCUUGCGGAGAAGAACGGCAUGUUCUUUAUUGAAACGUCAGCUAAGACGGCAGAUAACAUAAAUGAACUGUUUGAGGAAAUUGGAAAGAGGCUACCUCGUCCCUCUCAACCAUCAUGAUUCGGAGUGUUUGGAUCAUCCCCAUCUUCAGCGAAAAGACCUUUCUCCUGGUUACUAAUCUACUUUCAUGUAAUGUUACUAAACGGUAUUUCUAUAUAUGUUAAAAGUGUGUUGUGUAAUGUGAAGAUUUGAGAAGCCAAACUAAAUUUUAAGCAAUGAUGGGGGAUGAUUAUCACA